GAUGGCAAGCCUUGUUCAUCUCCUUCUCAUGACCAUCACUCUCUUCACCAUUUCAGCCAUCUCUUCUUCAAGCCCUAUGGCUACCAAGGACUACAUCCUUUCCACUCUUGGCCACACUCAUGACUCCAUUACUUUUGCUAGAUUUGCUCAAAGGUAUGGAAAGAGGUAUGAAUCAGUGGAGGAGAUAAACAAAAGGUUUGGUCUGUUCAUGGAUAAUCUCAACAUAAUCAGGUCCACAAAUAAGAAGGGACUUUCAUACAAACUUGGAAUUAACAAAUUUACUGAUAUGAGCUGGGAAGAAUUCCGAUCAAACAAGCUUGGUGCUGCGCAGAAUUGUUCGGCAACUCUCAAAGGCAAUCACAAACUCACUGAUGCACCAAUUCCCCAAACGAGAGAUUGGAGAAAAGAAGGAAUUGUGAGUCCUGUUAAAGAUCAAGGUGAAUGUGGAUCAUGCUGGACUUUCAGUGCAACAGGAGCACUAGAAGCAGCACACUGCCAAGCAACAGGAAAGAACAUUACUCUUUCUGAACAACAACUUGUGGACUGUGCUCAAGCCUUCAAUAACAAUGGAUGCCAAGGAGGAUUACCUUCUCAAGCUUUUCAGUAUGUUAAGUACAAUGGUGGUCUUGACACUGAAAAAUCAUACCCUUACAAAGAAACUGAUGGCACUUGCAGCUACAAAUCUGAAAAUAUUGGUGUCAAAGUUAUAAACACAGUUAACAUCACCAUGGAUGCUGAAGAUGAACUAAAGCAUGCAGUUGGAGUUGUUAGGCCAGUGAGUAUUGCAUUUGAAGUGGUGCAGAGUUUCAUGUCUUAUAAAAGUGGUGUGUACUCUAGUGACACAUGUGGAAGUUCUCCAAUGGAUGUGAAUCAUGCUGUUCUUGCUGUUGGUUAUGGAGUUGAGAAGGGUGUACCUUAUUGGCUUAUUAAGAAUUCAUGGGGAACUGAAUGGGGUAUGGAUGGUUAUUUCAAGAUGGAACUGGGGAAGAACAUGUGUGGUGUGGCUACUUGUGCUUCCUACCCAGUUGUUUCUGCAUAACCAGUAAUGUGAAUUAAUGAGCACUGAUUAAAUGCUCUAUUAUUAUUAUUAUGAUGAUGAUGAUGAUGUUGGAAUUAAUGUAAAUAUCUGAAAGUGAAUGUAUGAGUCAGAGUCCUUUCAAAGAAUGAAGCUUCACUUCUGGUGGACUUUGUACCCUUCUUAUGUUUGUUCUAUUAUUUUCAAUGAAGUGGUGGUUUAUUUAAAUUUUUUU